GUGCCAUGGUCAACCAAAAGGAAAGUAAAUGUCACCGCAAAACAUCCAAAAAGAUGAGACACUGACGUCAUUCAGGAUGUCAGCCGAAGGUUCGAGAUGUUUAGUCACAAAUUAAGGAUAACGGUAACGUUGAUGUAAAGCAUAGAUAAGGUCAAGGAUAUUGAUUACCACUUACUAAAUCUGCCUCCCUUUCAAUUUGCUUGGCUUGGGACAGCAACGACAACCGACUUGGCAGCAAGCAACGCCAACAACAACAACAAAAAGUUUCACCAUGGUGUGCUCUGGAGUCAAGGUCAUCGACGGUCGCGACCACCUUUUGGGUCGUCUCGCUAGUAUUGUCGCCAAGGAGCUUCUGGCUGGACAGAAGAUUGUCAUUGUACGAUGUGAUUUAAUGUGUGUUUCUGGAUCUUUGACACGAAACCGCACCAAGUAUGCUCAAUUUCGCAGGAAGGCCAUGAACACCAACCCUCGCAAGGGUCCCUUCCACUACAAGAGUCCCGCCCGUAUUGUGUGGCGCACCAUUCGUGGUAUGGUCCAUCAAAAGACGGCUCGUGGACAAGACGCCAUCAAUCGUUUGUCGACAUUCGAGGGAAUCCCCGCACCUUACGACAAGCAAAAGACCGUCGUCGUCCCCGCUGCCCUUCGCAUCAUGAGGCUCAAGUCCACCCGUGAACACACCGUGAUUGGGGAAUUGGCAGAUUCCGUCGGAUGGAAGCACAAGGAGUUGCUCGGACGAUUGGAAGCCAAGCGCAAGGAAGAUGGUAAGGAAUACUGGGCCAAGAAAAAGGAACAGGCAGCCCUGAAACGCAAGGCCGAAGCAGCAUGUGCCUCUGAAUUGGCCAAGGUCAAUGACGUCCUGGCGGCGGCUGGAUAUUAGAGUAUUCUAUUCAGACAGGCAGGAUGAGCAGACAAGGAAAAAGAAUAGGAAAUAUUAUAAAAGACAGUGACUUCCCAUAUAGCACCUACCUACCUCCGAAGCGACCAAGCUUCUACCAAUUUAAGGAUUCCUUUUGUUGCAGCUUCGCAUGGUUCGUCGUAAUCCAAAUUCUAGAUCACCUCACUUGUUCCGUCCACUGUGAGCACA